AUGCAAAUAGCAAAAUCUACAGGUCUAGAUAAGAUCUCAACUAAGCUAAUAAAACAGGCAGGCGAUACAAUAACUGAAUCACUUCUAGAAGUGUUUAACCUAUCUCUUAGGACAGGAAUAUUUCCAGAUGAUUGGAAAUUUGCCAAAGUGACUCCAAUAUAUAAGUCAGAAAACAAAACCUUAUGUGAAAACUAUAGACCGAUAUCAGUCAUUUCGAAUAUCGCCAAAAUAUUUGAGAAAUUAGUCUGUAGACAACUAAAUACCUUCCUGGAUAACAACAACAUAAUUCUAAAAAAUCAAUCAGGUUUCCGUCGCAGUCACUCAACCGAAACCUCGUUACUACAAUCUACUGAAAUGUGGUUGAAAUCAAUGGACCAGGGUCAAAUAAAUGGGGUUAUUUUCUUAGACCUGAAAAAAGCAUUUGAUACGAUUGAUCACCAGAUUCUAUUGUCAAAACUACAAGCUUAUGGGAUACGCGACCACACGCUCAAAUGGGAUACGCGACCACACGCUCAAAUUGCACUCCCAAAGAAAUCAACGACCCACGCUUUGGUCUACCUUUUACAUUCAAUCUUGGUUGCUCUUGAAAGAGGUUCCUGUACUGCCAGAUUGUUCUUUGCAGAUUUCAAGAAAGGUUUUGACCUAGUAGACCACAAUGUUAUUAUUAAAGAAUUAACCCUGCUUGGUACCCAUCCCUCUAUAAUUCGGUGGAUUAAAGCCUUCCUCUGCGAUCGCGAACAAUGUGUCCGGGUGGGAACUUCUAUGUCCUCUUGGAAGAAAACAAAUGGUGGCUUGCCACAAGGUACAAAGUUGGGUCCAUUAUUGUUUGCUGUUCUCAUUAAUUCCUUACUUAAAAACUGGCCCAGUAGGAUCAAGUUUGUGGAUGACACCUCAGUCCUAGAGAUUAUACCACGUUUUUCAUCCAGUUUAAUGCCAUUAGUCGUAAAUGAAAUCUCGGACUACGCCUUAGAACGUGGAAUGGAACUAAAUUAUAAGAAAUGCAAACAAAUGUUGAUCAACUUUCUUAAAUAUAAAGGAUCUGAUGAUGAAAACCCGAUCUAUGUUGCAGGUAAACCGGUGGAAACUGUGUCCUCUUUCAAACUCCUAGGUGUAUGGAUAUCAAAUGACUUGUCAUGGAAUACUCAUGUCGACAUGGUAUUGAAAAAGGCAAAUUCUCGCUUAUACGCAUUGCGUCUGUUAAAAAAGGCUGGUCUCCAAGCAUCUGAUAUCGUCCAAAUAUAUAUCUCAUUCAUCAGAUCCAGAAUUGAAUAUGCAUCCCCUGUAUGGUCGUCAAUACCUAAAUCAUUAUCUGACAUUCUCGAAUCUGUUCAAAAGAGAGCAUUGAGAAUAGCUUAUCCAGAUCUGUUAUAUGAUGAAGCCCUUGAAAUUUCAAACUUACAGUAUCUGAGUACUCGCAGAGACAUCUCUUGCAAGAAAUUCGUCGAAUCUCUGCGACGUGAUGUUUCACCCUACAACCCUUUGACCCAAAUUAUGGAAAUUCGUCCCGGGGUAAAAACUCAUGACUAUGACUUAAGGAAUGACAGAACGGCCGAACAACCUUUAUGGUCAGAAACCACUGAACGGUUAAAAAACUUCGUGACUAGGAAAUAUUAUUAG